CCUGUCCCUCCACUUUUCGACAGUUUCAAGGAGAUUGUUGAGGAUGGUGGUAUAUCGUAGGGGGUGUCAGAGAAACAGAGAGUUUCCCUAGCAACUGCGCAUGCCGAGAAUCUCUAAGAGAAUCGGGAUAGAAUUGAUAGGGAAUGGGUAGCUAUCAAAGAGCCAUAAAGUUAUAGUUGCCAUGGCAAUGAAGUCAUUUACCCAAAGUUUAUUGCCAGUUGAAAAUUGCGUUAUUAUUAUGUGGCUGCUUCUGCUCUUUAUCUCACUCUCUUGACCCCGGGGGCCGUUCUCUUAAGUAUAAUAAUUUAUUGCGCCUUGAUUGAAUCCCACUUCCCCUUUGUUGUCAUUUUGGGGCUUUUGUUAAGCAUUUUCGAGCGCCAGCCAAAACGCUCCCAAAUAAGAGGAAGAAGCCGAGCACUCUGCUGAUGGAGAAGAGCAGCAGAAAAUGCGGAAUAUACGGAAAAUACUUUUGUAUUUUGGCUCCUAAGGCGGCCAACAAAACUGGAGGCAUCUCUAGUUGGCAAUUUCGCAGCGUCGAGUCGAGAGAGAUUCGAGCGCAAUAAUUUUCCCGCAGAAAGAAAGUGGCAAGAAAGCGAUAAAAUAUCUCCGAAUAAUUUCCCGUCGGCAAAUGAGUUUUGACCAUUGCGAAAAAAUUAGCAUAAACAGAGUGUCCAAUUGAUUUAGGCCAAAUGUGCGGCUGACACGGUCAAUGGAUCUGAGUCCUUUCCCGCCCCCCUCCGCGUCUUCACCCCCCUUCGGCCGUAUCGAGCGAACAUGUGCCCCAUAACUCCCAUCGAGCUACUGUCCACGAUUAUCCUCGAGAAGCGAAAAUUACGGCCGUCGACAAAGCGAAAAAAGUAUCGCAAAUAGCCGAAAAUCGAACUCAGUUCCUUCCUACCCCAAAAUCAUCCAUU